GACGUUGACAUUCCACCUGUGACUGUUCUUCUCUGCUUCGGAAAUCGCAUCACGUCACCUCAGAUUCUGACCUCAUCCCUCCCACGCCAAACCUUCAGCUUCAGAGUACUCCGGGGUAGACCUACGACUCCACCACCAACAUCAUGCCGCGUCACCACCACGGUCACCAUGGUCACCGCCACCAUCACCACGACCACCACCACCACCACCGCCACGGGUCCCCCGGUAGACGUCACGGAGGUAUGUCCGCCUUUGGGGGCGGGUCCAGCUCUUGGGGCGGAGGCUUGCACUUCGACGAUGGCGAUGACUUUAUGGAGAGAAUCCGCAGCCGCUUCCGCAACAGACCCGGAGGCCGCUACGGCUCUACCAAUGUUUACGUUUACGGGAACGAUGACGUGAACAACGACAACGGAAACUGGCGCUCCUUCUCCGGGACGGCACCGCCACCUAAGCCCGAUCGAGUCAAAAUUCUGACGGUCCGUAAUGUGGACCUGAAUGUUCCGGCUAACACAAAGGCUCACAGAACUGACGAGUAUGACAUCUGUGGCCAACACCAAAGGAGACCUAAGCUCGUGGUCAGGAGAGGUCAACCUUUCAACAUUGAUUUGGAUUUCUCCAAGCCUUAUGACAGCAAAACAGAUGAUCUUCGUAUCGUCUUUGAGGCUGGUGACAACCCCUCCCCUGCCAAAGGAACCGACGUGCAGUUCAUCCUUUCUGAUGUGGACAAGCCCAGGGAAUGGGGUGCUAAGAUCCUGAGACAACAGGACAAUAUGCUGACAGUGACUGUGUUCGUCCCACCCACCUGUUAUGUGGGCAAGUGGGACCUCAAGUUGGACGUGGUCAAGAAAGACAACAACGAUGUGGCUGUCUAUCGCUACGAGCACGAGGACCCCAUCUACAUUAUCUUCAACCCGUGGUGCAGAGAUGACGCUGUGUUUCUGGACGACGAGAAUCUCUUACAGGAAUACGUGCUCAACGAGACCGGCAAGAUCUACUCCGGUAGUAAAAAACAGAUCUCCAGCAAACCUUGGAACUUUGGGCAGGUCAACUCUUCUGACGAGGGUGGUGUGCUAGUGGGCAACUGGUCAGGAAAUUAUUCUGCAGGUCGUUCACCUCUCAGCUGGACUGGCUCUGUAGCCAUUCUGGAGUCGUACUGGGACAGCAAGCGGCCGGUUCGCUUUGGACAGUGCUGGGUUUUCUCCGGUCUCUGUACCACAAUUGCCCGAGCCCUGGGAAUCCCGGCGAGAAGCGUGACCAACUUCUCCUCGGCCCACGACACAGACGGCUCAAUGACCAUCGACAUUGUCUGUGACAAAGACGGCUCGCCUGAUGACUACAACCCAGACUCCAUCUGGAAUUUCCACGUGUGGAAUGAGGCCUGGAUGGCGAGACCGGAUCUCCCAACAGGAUUCGGAGGCUGGCAGGCGUUUGACGCUACACCACAGGAAACAUCUGAUGGCACGUACUGCUGUGGACCAGUUUCGGUGGCCGCCAUCAGGCAAGGGGAGGUAAACAUGCCAUUCGACGCCCCGUUCGUGUUUGCAGAAGUGAACGCCGAUCGUGUGUACUGGAUGCCUGAUGUCACCGGAACAGUGAAGAACGUGUUCACUGAGGCAAAACUGAUCUGCUGAAGAGAGGGCGGCUGUUCUGAAGGCCAACCAGCUGGCGUCCACGAGAGAGAACGUUUACGACAGAGUGGCAAAGGAUGUCGAUUUUGAAGUGGAGCAGGAUGCGGCCAAUACGUGGGUCGGUGAAGACUUCAAAGUGGCGCUCAAAUUCACCAACAGAAGUGACGAAGAGCGCACAGUGAGCGGCCGACUUGUCAUCAAGACAAUGUUCUACACAGGCGUGCCUGCAGAAAAAAUCGUCUCUUUCCCCUUCGAAAACAAGGUCCUGCAGAGAGGAGCAUCGGAUACUGUACCGGUCACCGUGAGUCCGUUUGAAUACUUGGAGAAACUCAAGGACUGUUGUAUGCUGGAUGUGUCUGUGUGGGCCUCAGUGAGGGAGACCAACCAAUGCUUCGUCAUCAAGGACGACUGCCGGCUGCGGAAGCCACAUCUCAAUGUCAAGGCACCACAAGAAGCCGUCAAGGGUAAAGAGUUCAAAGUGGAGGUAUCCUUCAUGAACCCUCUGGACACAACUCUUACGGAGUGCGAAGUCACUGUCGAUGGUCUUGCCAGAUCUCUUCGCUUCCCGCAAGGGAGCGUGGGAGCUAAGAGCACGUUCGUGGCCUCCAUCCCCAUCACGCCAGCCAAGGUGGGCCAGAAGGAGAUGAUCUUUUGCUUCAGCUCCAAGCAGCUGGAGGACAUCAAUGCCUCCAAGAGGAUCUUCGUGCGCGCCAGUAACAUCUAAAACAGAAACACCAAAGAGCUCCACAUCCUGGAGAGACUUCCGAAUUCUGGAUGGAGACAGAUUCUACGGCCACAUCUUCGCAACAACAACAACAACAACAAAAAUCCCCAAAAGAAGUUAAUUUGAGACCUAAAGUUAAUUUUUUUCCCCAAAUUAAUGUCUGUAUUUUCAUGUAAUUACAUUGUCACAACUGACUUGGAGGGGCCUGAACAUAUUGGUGGCAGGGAUCGAUCAGGAUAUUGUAGCUUUCUGAGAGCAUUUGAGCGAAGGAAUAAAAGGAGAACCAGCUCCGUCAAUGUCCAUCACAAAUCUGGUACUUGAUGAUGAUGAUGAUGAUGAUGAUGAUGAUGAUGAUGAUGAUGAUGAUGAUGAUGAUGAUGAUGAUGAUGAUUAUGUAUUGUCACAGAUCCUUUAGAUUUUUUACAAAUAUUGCUUACAUUGCUACUGUCUUACGGAUAUUGUUGAAUGCAUUUUAUAAGAAAUCUUUGCCAUUUCUUUUUGGAUGCGAUGAAAUCUAGUGCCUUACUUUCUGGUGUAGGGCCGUGAAAUAAACCUGUACAGCCCAUGUCCAUUCUUCAUUUUACUUCCUAUCACAUAUUACAUUGUAUCACUCCAUUCUAUUAAUACUAUUAUGCAUUUACAAAGUCGCUGUCAAAUACGACUCUCUUUACAAUAGCUAAGUGAUACGCCAUAUUUACAUCUAAAAACGGCAUUAUAUCGGUAGCUGGUUUGUUCGAAUGUUUGUUUUUUAUGGGUUGUUUUUUUUCCCUUUGUUUCAUAACGAUAGAAAUCCUAUGCUGCAAUAUUGGGGCUUUUCCCAUUUGAAAAAGUCAUUGUGUUGAAUAACUGCACGACUGCCUUUAAUAUCCGAGGGAUGGGAGUGGGUGGAUGAGGGGGUAUGUACUCUGUGAUGAUUGUUUUGGGUAUUUGAGAUUUUGGGGUGGGAGUGGUGUAAGAUAAUAGAUAUUGCAGCGAUACUCUUCAUGCUGUUGGUCUUACAAAAAUACUGAACUCUAUGCUGAGAUAAUUUAUGUGCCACCAAAAAAGUAUGGUAAACAAACCAUUUAGAAUUUAGAGUAACUUAGAGAGAAAGUGUUCUAAUAAACUUUACUUUGCUCUUUGCAUUGAAAGCAUGUAUUCUCAUACGCAGGUAGUUUGAUUCUGUUUAUUAAACAACAUGGCCCAUCAAAGUUUUACGAAUGCAUUUUAUUCGAAGCGCAGUAGCAAAUUUGAGCUGUGUGAACGAUUUGCUGAUUUUCUCUCUUUUUUUCGUUUCUUUUUGUUUUGUUCUCCGAUUUGUUUGUUAUUAUUAUUAUUAUUUUGGGGUGGGGGUGGGAGGGGGCUGGGGUGUUAAGGACACCUAGAUGUGUGUAUAAACUAAUAUAUCCCAUAUAUUAUAUACUGCAGGGUUGACCUUUUCAUCUAGACAAUUCUAGACACUGGGUUAUAGUGGCCAGUUUGUUGUUCUUUUUCUUUCCUUUAUUUUUUUCCCAAAUGGAAAAGUGGUGAUGUUUAUGAUGCACUCGUGCAGUGAACUUACACACAGACUAGCAAGCUACUCAGCUGACAACAAAGAAGACUGUUAGUUAAUAUCUUUGUACUCUGUCACUUCUUCUAUACUUGUGGUUUAUCGUUCUUUUUCAGUUUCUUUCAAUAUUAAAAUUUUACUUAUUUUCAAUGUCUUUAUUGAUCAUGGCCUCCUUUUACCCGUUUGAAGUAAGCGAUAUAUGCAUAAGAAGCAAUGAAUUGUUCUGGUAAUUUUUCAUUGUCUCGUCUGCUAAUAAAGUCAAUGUGUAUUCUAAAAA